AUGGCUGAUAGCUACCUUCUUAGCACGAGUUCGGAUGAUAAAUGGCUCCCGACCUGCGUGACAUAUUACAAAGAACUCGACAGGGACAACUGGGUCUCGCUCCUCGAGUGCCAAUGGAAAGCACACAGCGGUCGAACAAGCUUAGAUUUCGUCCCGGCGUCAAUCGAGGACAACUUUCUUCGCGGCACCCAGACAGCGCUGGGUUCGCCUGAUUCCACAAUGACUCUGACGUCUUCCACGUCGGCCUCUGCCUCGGCGCCAGCUUCACCAUCGCCAGCGAGUUCUUCGUCCAACAUACCUACAAUCGUAGGCGGUGCCGUUGGAGGUUUAGUAGCAGUGGUCAUUGGAGCCUGUGUGGUUGUAUGGCUUCUUAUACGGGAGAAGCGAGCGUCGAGAACCCGGGAUGCCCUGUCUCCGUCGCAGAAUCCAUCACAGAGCGCUCAGUUCUCAAACCUGCCCGAGGUAUCUGUCCCUGCGAACCACCUGCCUCUAUAUUGCGGGGCUGAGGAGCGACAUAAGUAUCAGUCAGUGUCCGCAGCCUCGCCAUCCGGUCCCAGUGAGGCGCGUCUGGCGUCUUCUCCGUCGCCGAGACACACUAUCAACGUUAAUGAUUCCCCUGUUGAGCUCGAGUGA